CGCAGAUUUGCUGUUGUCAACCUCUGAUUCUUAACCACGGGGUUUUUGUCUAAGAGUCGCUUGCUGUAUCGACUCCGUCCCCGGUGCCCAUCAUGAAGACGACGUGGAAAGAUAUCGCUCCUGUGCCCACGAGCCAGGAAUUCCUGGACAUCGUCCUCAGUCGCACUCAGCGACAGCUCCCCACCCAGAUCCGUGCGGGAUUCAACAUCAGCCGUAUUCGCGGCUUCUACACUCGAAAGGUCAAAUAUACCCAGGAGACUUUCUGUGAAAAGUUCCAGGCCAUCCUCGAUGGAUUCCCCAGACUGCAGGAUAUUCAUCCUUUCCACAAGGAUUUGAUGAACACCCUCUACGAUGCCGACCAUUUCAGAAUCGCCCUGGGUCAGGUCUCGACCGCUAAGCAUCUCAUCGAAACGGUCUCUCGCGAUUACGUGCGCCUGAUCAAGUAUGCGCAGUCUCUGUUCCAGUGCAAGCAGCUCAAGCGCGCUGCCCUUGGUCGUAUGGCCACCAUCUGCAAGCGUCUCAAAGACCCGCUUGUCUACCUCGAGCAGGUCCGUCAGCACUUGGGUCGUCUGCCCGCCAUCGACCCCAACACCCGCACCCUCCUGAUCUGCGGUUACCCCAACGUCGGAAAGUCCAGCUUCCUGCGCAGCAUCACCCGUGCGGACGUCGACGUCCAGCCUUAUGCUUUCACCACGAAGAGUUUGUUCGUCGGUCACUUCGAUUACAAGUACCUGCGCUUCCAGGCCAUCGAUACCCCCGGUAUUUUGGACCACCCUCUUGAAGAGAUGAACACCAUCGAAAUGCAGUCCAUUACCGCCAUUGCCCAUCUUCGGUCCGCGGUCAUGUACUUCAUGGAUCUGUCCGAGCAGUGCGGCUACUCCGUCGGCGACCAGAUCAAGCUCUUCCACAGCAUCAAGCCUCUGUUCGCCAACAAGAUUGUGUUCAUCGUGGUGAACAAGAUUGAUGUGAGACGGCCCGAGGACUUGGAGCCCGAAUACCAGCAGGAGCUCCAGAACCUCCUCAAGUCGGGCGAUGUCGAGCUUCUGCAGCUGUCUUGCACAACCACCGAGGGUGUGACUGCUGUCAAGAACGCCGCCUGCGACAAGCUUCUCGCGGAGAGAGUGGCUCAGAAACUCAAGUCCGGAACCAACAACGCCGGUACUCCUGGCGGUCGUCUGGGUGACGUCCUUGCCCGUAUCCACGUCGCCCAGCCCAUGGGCGGUGUGCAGCGUGAGACCUUCAUUCCUGACGCCAUCAAGACGCUCAAGAAGUACGACAAGGAAGACCCCAACCGCCGCAAGCUGGAGAAGGAUCUCGAGGAGGAGAACGGUGGUGCUGGUGUCUACAACAUUGAUCUCAAGAAGACCUACGACCUGGCUGACGACGAGUGGAAACACGACAAGAUCCCUGAAGUGUGGAACGGCAAGAACAUUUACGACUUUGUCGACCCUGAUAUCGAGGCUAGACUGGCUGCGUUGGAGGAAGAGGAAGAGAAGCUGGAGAAUGAUGGCUACUACGAGUCUGAUGAGAGUGUGGAAGAUGUCGAGGACGCCGAUACCCGUAUGAAGGCAGACCUGAUCCGCGAGAAGCGUGUCUUGAUGCGCAACGACGCCAAGAUGCGCAAGUCUCUCAAGAACCGGGCGCAAAUCCCUCGCAGCGCCAAGUCCAAGAAGCUUUCCCAGAUGUCGGAAGCCCUGGACGCGGCUGGUUACGAUGUGGACGCUGCGUCCUCCCGCGCCCGCUCCCAGAACCAGGCCCGUGGCCGCACGACCACCCGCGACGUGGACAUGGACGAUAUGGACAUCGACAUGUCGGACCCUCGCCAGGCCAUUGCCAAGGCCAAGGGCCGUGCUCGCAGCCAGGCGGCGACGAACCGUCUGCAGGAUGGUGUUACGGACGAGACGGCGCGCAGCAAGGCCGAGCGCCUGGCCAAGUUGGGUCAGAAGAAGAUGAACCGGAUGGCAAGACAGGGAGAGGCCGAUCGUCACACGACCGCCUCUCUGCCCAAGCACUUGUACACCGGAAAGCGUACCAUUGGCAAGACCCAGCGUCGGUAAAGGCCGCGUCUGGAUUCGGACGGUCGAUGACGAGACGAAGUCCUUUCUUAAUACAGUACUCGUUACAUAUAGUGGUCAUGAAACAGGGUGUUCCAAAAAAGGGCGUUGGGGGUGUUUCUUUUUCUUCUUCCUUUCGUUUGGAUGAAUAUAGUCUUAUCCUGAAUACCUGGGGUUACCCGCGAAUCGAUUGUAUCGUUGAGAGUUUGUGUUGGCGAAGUAGACUGUAUAGAGAUUUGAAGACUGACAUACCC